AUGCCGCCGGCUUACAACCAGUACUACUACCCGGGUGUGGUGGACCUUAACCAACCGUCCUUCUGGAUUGCUGCGGGUGCAAUCUGCUUCAACCCGCUCUUCUGGAACACGGUUGCUCAAAAUGAGUAUCACAGAGGCACCAUCACCAAGGUCCUGCGCGGUAAGCGCUAUUUAGGUUGCUACCUAUUAGGUGCGACCAUCUUCAUUUUAGGGAUCAUCAGGGACCAGCUGUACAACCAGGCUCUUGUGUACCAGCCGGUGCAUCCGUUGCUGCUUCAGCCGUUCAUCAAGCCGGCAGCCGCGGCUCUCUUCUCGAUCGGCAAUGUCCUUGUUCUCUCGAGCAUGUACGCCCUUGGCAUCACCGGCACCUACCUCGGUGACUACUUUGGCAUCCUCAUGGAUGACAUGGUCACUGGUUUCCCAUUCAACAUUGUUCGUGACCCGAUGUACGUCGGAAGCACUUUGAGCUUUUUCUCUGUUGCUCUUUGGUUCGGCAAACCUGCUGGCCUCAUUCUGAGCACACUUGUCUUUAUCGUCUACCUCAUCGCUAUGCGCUUCGAAGGCCCCUUUACAGCAAAUAUCUAUGUUUCAGCAGCCAAGAAGCGCCGCGGUCGCACAUCGGCCAAUGGCGAGUCAGCCGCGACCAUCAUUGCCCUUCAAGCCGAAGGCGGGCCGGCGCGCAACACUCGCAGCCACGAUAGCCCCGCGCGAGGGACCAGGAGCAAGAGCAAGAAGUCGGAAUAA